AUGAUACAAGGAUACCGAAAAUAAGAGUAUGUUAUUUCACAAUUUAUUCAAAAAAACAUUGAAUUUCCUUACUAAUAAAGAAUAAGGGCUUAUAAACCAUAUUACAAAAAUGCUUUCCAGUACAAAAACAAUGGCUGCCCAGAGUUCGACUAUCGUGAAAGAAGUAGUUUUACAGCAAAAAUCCGAAACACCAGAAUACAAAGUCAAGAUAAUCUGGUUCAAUGUAAUAUUUUUCAUUUUACUUCAUACAGGCUUCCUUUAUGCGCUUUACUUGAGUUUCACGUCAGCCUGUUGGAAAACUUCUCUGUUCGCUUUCAUUUAUGCACAUCUUGGUCGAUUGGGUGUUACAGCAGGAACACACAGGCUUUGGUCUCAUAGAUCAUAUAAAGCAAAGUUGCCACUAAGAAUUCUACUCUGCUGUUUUCUUAGUAUUGCGGCCCAACAAGAUAUCUACAAAUGGUGUAGAGAUCAUCGGGUUCAUCACAAUUUCACUGAGACCAAUGCAGAUCCACAUAAUAUCAAGCGUGGUUUCUUCUUUGCUCACAUAGGAUGGUUGAUGUGUAAAAAGCAUCCGGAUGUAGUAGAGAAAGGAAAAACUAUUUACCUUCAUGAUUUAGUGGCUGAUCCAGUUGUGAGAUUUCACAGAAGGUUUUAUUUACUUAUGGCUCUCUUUUUUGCUACCAUCUUGCCAACUAUAAUACCUAUGUGGUGUUGGAAUGAAUCUAUGCGGAAUUCAUUCUUUAUCGCUUUUGUGGCGAAACACUGCUACCUUCAGAAUGGGAUUUUUCUAGUGAAUAGCGUUGCCCACACAUAUGGUGAUCAAUCUUAUGAUAAGUACAUUGAAGCCAGAGAAAAUAUUCUUAUUGCUUUCAUGGGUUUGGGAGAAGGCUGGCACAACUACCACCAUGUCUUCCCAUGGGACUAUUCUACAAGCGAAUGGGGCUAUAAAUUAAACUUUACAAAAGCAUUCAUAGAUUUCAUGGCAUGGAUUGGGCAAGCUUAUGAUCUGAGAUCUGCUCAUCCUCAGAUGAUCAAGAAUAGAAAAUUGAAGACUGGAGAUGGCACAAGAAUGGAAAAAGGAGACGAGUGAGAAAAGUAAUUCAUCUGCACUUGAUAGCGCAGAAGAAAUUCUUUUUUUAUUUUCGCUCCAAAACUUACUCAUAGAGUACUAACUCCGACUGUACCUUCUUAACUCCAAAUCAUUAUGCUGUUAUUAAAA